CCCAGAGCUCCAGCCCCAGCCCGAGGUGGGCACGGCACCCCGGGCUCGUCCGCCACCGCUCCGCUCUGCUCCCGGCCAACAGCUGAAGCCAUACAGUUCCUGGAGUUUGAACCCGGGAGACAGUUCAGGAACACUGGGGCAUUGCCCGCAAGUUCCCAAGGCUGACGCGGAUCUGGUUUCGUUCUCUGUUGGUCCUGAAGGUGGCGCAACCUAUUUGCAGAGAAGAGUGCACUGUGGGGCCUGGGGUGGGGGAUGCUUCCUGCCCAGUGCAUGUGCAGCAGCACACCCAGGUCUUGCAGGCACAUCUCCCAGCCCCAACAAGACCUGUACACCCAACCUGCCUGGCCCAACCCCUGGGCAGGCAGGAAGUGAGGAGUACGCUGUAGACCCAGGACUUUGGUGACCACCCAGAACCCCGGGACUACGGGCUGUGGUUGCCUUGCUGCCUACCAUCCUUCUGGCCCCUGAGCCCAGGAUGCAAGCAUGGCCAGCUCAUCUCUGCCUACCCUGAUACCCAUCGGUCCCCACUGCCUGCGCCCCUUCACCCCAGAGUCCCUGGCAGCCAUAGAGCAGCGGGCAGUGGAGGAGGAGGCCCGGCUGCAGCGGAAUAAGCAAAUGGAGAUUGAGGAGCCUGAGCGGAAGCCACGCAGUGACCUGGAAGCUGGCAAGAGCCUGCCCCUCAUCUAUGGGGACCCGCCACCUGAAGUCAUCGGCAUCCCCCUGGAGGACCUGGACCCUUACUACAGUGACAAGAAGACCUUCAUUGUGCUCAACAAAGGCAAGGCCAUCUUCCGCUUCUCCGCCACGCCUGCCCUCUACAUGCUGAGCCCUUUCAGCAUUGUCAGGCGUGUGGCUAUCAAGGUGCUCAUCCACGCGCUAUUCAGCAUGUUUAUCAUGAUCACCAUCUUGACCAACUGUGUGUUCAUGACCAUGAGCAACCCGCCUUCUUGGUCCAAGGACGUGGAGUACACCUUCACAGGGAUCUACACCUUUGAGUCUCUCAUUAAGAUGUUGGCCCGAGGCUUCUGCAUUGAUGACUUCACAUUCCUCCGGGACCCCUGGAACUGGCUGGAUUUCAGUGUCAUCACGAUGGCGUAUGUGACCGAGUUCGUGGACCUGGGUAACAUCUCGGCCCUGAGGACCUUCCGUGUGCUGCGGGCCCUGAAAACCAUCACGGUUAUCCCAGGGCUGAAGACCAUUGUAGGAGCCCUGAUCCAGUCCGUGAAAAAGCUGUCAGACGUGAUGAUCCUCACCGUCUUCUGCCUGAGCGUCUUUGCCCUGGUGGGGCUGCAGCUCUUCAUGGGGAACCUGCGGCAGAAGUGCGUGCGCUGGCCCCCGCCCAUGAACGACACCAACACCACGUGGUACGGUAACGACGUGUGGUACGGCAACGACACUUGGAGCAGCCAGGAGAGCUGGGCCAGCAACUACACCUUCGACUGGGAUGCCUACAUCAAUGACGAAGGGAACUUCUACUUCUUGGAGGGCUCCAAUGAUGCCCUGCUCUGCGGGAACAGCAGUGACGCCGGGCACUGUCCCGAAGGUUAUGAAUGCAUAAAGGCUGGGCGGAACCCCAACUACGGCUACACCAGCUACGACACCUUCAGCUGGGCCUUCCUGGCACUCUUCCGUCUCAUAACCCAGGACUACUGGGAGAACCUCUUCCAGCUGACCCUUCGAGCAGCGGGCAAGACCUACAUGAUUUUCUUUGUGGUCAUCAUCUUUCUGGGCUCCUUCUACCUCAUCAAUCUGAUCCUGGCGGUGGUGGCCAUGGCCUAUGCUGAGCAGAACGAAGCUACCCUGGCCGAGGACCAGGAGAAAGAGGAGGAGUUUCAGCAGAUGCUUGAGAAAUACAAAAAACAUCAGGAGGAGUUAGAAAAGGCUAAGGCCGCCCAGGCUCUGGAGGGCGGGGAGGCAGACGGGGACCCGGCCCACAGCAAGGACUGCAAUGGCAGCCUGGACACGUCUGGGGAGAAGGGGCCCCCGAGGCCAAGCUGCAGCGCGGACAGCGCCAUCUCAGACGCCAUGGAGGAGCUGGAAGAGGCCCACCAGAAGUGCCCGCCGUGGUGGUACAAGUGUGCACACAAAGUGCUCAUCUGGAACUGCUGUGCCCCGUGGGUGAAGUUCAAGCACAUCAUCCACCUCAUCGUCAUGGACCCCUUCGUGGACCUGGGUAUCACCAUCUGCAUCGUGCUCAACACCCUCUUCAUGGCCAUGGAGCAUUACCCCAUGACCGAGCACUUUGACAAUGUGCUCUCCGUGGGCAACUUGGUCUUCACAGGCAUUUUCACUGCAGAAAUGGUGCUGAAGCUGAUCGCCAUGGACCCCUAUGAGUAUUUCCAGCAGGGCUGGAACAUCUUUGACAGCUUCAUCGUAACCCUCAGCCUGGUAGAGCUGGGCCUGGCCAAUGUGCAAGGGCUAUCCGUGCUCCGCUCCUUCCGUCUGCUGCGUGUCUUCAAGCUGGCCAAGUCCUGGCCAACACUUAACAUGCUCAUCAAGAUCAUUGGCAACUCAGUGGGUGCGCUGGGCAACCUGACACUGGUGCUGGCCAUCAUCGUCUUCAUCUUCGCGGUGGUGGGCAUGCAGCUGUUUGGCAAGAGCUAUAAGGAAUGUGUGUGCAAGAUUGCCUCGGACUGCAGCCUGCCCCGCUGGCACAUGCAUGACUUCUUCCACUCCUUCCUCAUCGUCUUCCGCAUCCUCUGUGGGGAGUGGAUUGAGACCAUGUGGGACUGCAUGGAGGUGGCCGGCCAGGCCAUGUGCCUCACCGUCUUCCUCAUGGUCAUGGUCAUCGGCAACCUGGUGGUCCUGAAUCUGUUCCUGGCUCUCCUGCUGAGUUCCUUCAGUGCCGACAGCUUGGCGGCAUCAGACGAAGACGGCGAGAUGAACAACCUGCAGAUCGCCAUCGGGCGCAUCAAGUGGGGCAUCGGCUUUGCCAAAGCCUUCCUCCUGGGGCUGUUGCGCGGCAAGAUCCUGAGCCCCAAGGACAUCAUGCUUAGCCUGGGUGAGCCCGGGGGUGCUGGGGAGACUGGGGAAAGUGCUCCCGAGGACGAGAAGAAGGAACCGCCACCCGAAGAUGGAGACAAGGACCUGAAGGACAAUCACAUCCUGAACCACGUGGGCCUGACUGAUGGCCCCCGCUCCAGCAUCGAGCUGGAUCACCUCAACUUCAUCAACAACCCCUACCUCACCAUUCAGGUGCCCAUUGCCUCCGAGGAGUCCGACCUGGAGAUGCCCACAGAGGAGGAGACUGAUACGUUCUCGGAGCCUGAAGACAUCAAGAAGCCGCUACCGCCUGUCUAUGACGGGAACUCCUCCGUCUGCAGCACAGCUGACUACAAGCCCCCUGAAGAGGACCCUGAGGAGCAGGCUGAGGAGAACCCUGACGGGGAGCUGCCUGAGGAAUGCUUCACGGAGGCCUGUGUGCAGCGCUGCCCCUGCCUCUAUGUGGACAUCUCCCAGGGCCGUGGGAAAAUGUGGUGGACGCUGCGCCGGGCCUGUUUCAAGAUUGUGGAACACAAUUGGUUUGAGACCUUUAUUGUCUUCAUGAUCUUGCUCAGCAGCGGAGCCCUGGCCUUCGAGGACAUCUACAUCGAGCAGCGGCGGGUCAUCCGCACCAUCCUGGAAUAUGCCGACAAGGUCUUCACCUACAUCUUCAUCCUGGAGAUGCUGCUUAAGUGGGUGGCCUACGGCUUCAAGGUGUAUUUCACCAACGCCUGGUGCUGGCUUGAUUUCCUCAUUGUGGACGUCUCCAUCAUUAGCCUAGUGGCCAACUGGCUGGGCUACUCUGAGCUGGGGCCCAUCAAAUCCCUGCGCACACUACGGGCCCUGCGUCCCCUGAGGGCACUGUCGCGAUUUGAGGGCAUGAGGGUGGUGGUGAACGCCCUCCUGGGAGCCAUCCCCUCCAUCAUGAAUGUGCUCCUUGUGUGCCUCAUCUUCUGGCUCAUCUUCAGCAUCAUGGGGGUCAACUUGUUUGCUGGGAAGUUCUACUACUGUGUCAACACAACUACCUCUGAGAGAUUCGACAUCUCUGUGGUCAACAACAAGUCUGAGUGUGAAAGCCUCAUGCACACGGGCCAGGUCCGCUGGAUGAACGUCAAGGUCAACUAUGACAACGUGGGUCUGGGCUAUCUCUCCCUCCUUCAAGUGGCCACUUUCAAGGGUUGGAUGGACAUCAUGUAUGCAGCCGUGGACUCCCGGGAGAAGGAGGAGCAGCCGCACUAUGAGGUGAACAUCUACAUGUACCUUUACUUCGUCAUCUUCAUCAUCUUUGGCUCCUUUUUCACGCUCAAUCUCUUCAUCGGCGUCAUCAUUGACAACUUCAACCAACAGAAGAAGAAGUUUGGAGGGAAAGACAUCUUCAUGACAGAGGAGCAGAAGAAAUACUACAACGCCAUGAAGAAGCUUGGCUCCAAGAAGCCCCAGAAGCCCAUUCCCCGACCUCAGAACAAGAUCCAGGGCAUGGUGUACGACUUCGUGACAAAGCAGGUGUUUGACAUCUCCAUCAUGAUCCUCAUCUGCCUUAACAUGGUUACCAUGAUGGUGGAGACGGAUGACCAGAGCCAGCUCAAGGUGGACAUCCUAUACAACAUCAACAUGGUCUUCAUCAUCAUCUUCACCGGGGAGUGUGUGCUCAAGAUGUUUGCCCUGCGCCAUUACUACUUCACCAUCGGCUGGAAUAUCUUCGACUUUGUGGUGGUCAUCUUGUCCAUCGUGGGCCUUGCGCUUUCUGACUUGAUACAGAAAUACUUUGUGUCGCCCACACUGUUCCGUGUGAUCCGAUUGGCGCGGAUUGGGCGAGUCUUGCGUCUGAUCCGUGGGGCCAAGGGCAUCCGGACGCUGCUGUUUGCUCUCAUGAUGUCACUGCCUGCUCUCUUCAACAUCGGCCUCCUCCUCUUCCUGGUCAUGUUCAUCUACUCCAUCUUCGGCAUGUCUAACUUUGCGUAUGUCAAGAAAGAGUCGGGCAUCGACGACAUGUUCAACUUCGAGACGUUUGGCAACAGUAUCAUCUGCCUCUUUGAGAUCACCACGUCAGCCGGCUGGGAUGGGCUUCUGAACCCCAUCCUCAAUAGUGGGCCCCCAGAUUGCGACCCGACACUGGAGAACCCAGGCACCAGCUUCAAGGGUGACUGUGGCAACCCAUCCAUUGGCAUCUGUUUCUUCUGUAGCUACAUCAUCAUCUCCUUCCUCAUCGUGGUCAACAUGUACAUUGCCAUCAUCCUAGAGAAUUUCAAUGUGGCCACUGAGGAGAGCAGCGAGCCCCUCAGUGAGGACGACUUUGAGAUGUUCUAUGAGACCUGGGAGAAGUUCGACCCUGAUGCCACUCAGUUCAUCGACUACAGCCGCCUCUCUGACUUUGUGGACACCCUGCAGGAGCCGCUGAAAAUCGCCAAACCCAACAAGAUCAAGCUUAUCACGUUAGACCUGCCCAUGGUGCCGGGGGACAAGAUCCACUGCCUGGACAUCCUCUUUGCCCUGACCAAAGAGGUACUGGGUGACUCUGGGGAGAUGGAUGCCCUCAAGCAGACCAUGGAGGAGAAGUUUAUGGCGGCCAACCCCUCCAAGGUCUCCUAUGAGCCCAUCACCACCACCCUCAAGAGGAAGCAGGAGGAGGUGUGUGCUAUCAAAAUCCAGAGGGCCUAUCGCCGCCACCUGCUGCAGCGUUCUAUGAAGCAGGCCUCCUACAUGUACCGCCACAGCCAGGAUGGCAACGGAGACGGAGCCCCCGAGAAGGAGGGCUUGAUUGCCAACACCAUGAACAAGAUGUACGGCCCUGAGAAUGAGAACAGUGGUGUGCAGAGCCAGGGGGAGGAGGAGAAGGGGUCUACAGGGGAUGCUGGACCCACCAUGGAGCUCACACCCACCAGCCCCUUGGACACUGCCCAGACUCCUCCUCCUCCUCCAUCAGCAUCACCACCACCAUCAGCAUCACCACCACCAUCAGCACCACCACCAUCAUCAACGCCAUCACCACCAUCACCACCACAGGGGCAGACUGUGCGGCCAGGGGUCAAAGAGUCUCUUGUAUAGAGAGUGGUAGCAAGGUGGCCAGCUGAGCAUUGACACAGGCCUGAAGCUCCCAUGAGAGAGCUGUGUGCAGAGCUGGAGGAUGGGACUUUGAGGCAGGGGCUAUUCAGGGCUUGACGCCCGGGCUGAGGGAAAUGGGAAUUGUGCCAGGGCUCAGGUGGGGCCGAAGCCCCUGCCUCCCAAUUUCAUCUUUACAUUGCCGUGACAGACAUUCUCUUGGCCAGGACGCCAGAAUGCUGUUCCCUACUUGGGGAAGGGCCAGCAUAUCAUGGAGGGAUUGGCUGCCUUGCUGGCACUGCUCUUAAGGGCCCAAGUCCCCCAGCUCUAGCCAGGACAAAGACAAGUCUUAACCUCGAAAACCUACACCUGACCCCAAAACUUAGCCAGGGCUCCCAUCCCUGUGACUCGGGCGCAGCUUCCCCCCGCCAGCUCAGGAGUGCCCUGUAAAAAGGAAAUAGUUCCGGUACCGAAAUUGCUGCACAGAGCCAAUUGGCCACUGGAUCCGGAUUUAUCAGGCUGGAAACAUGACUUCUGAAACCUUUCACCCAGUCAUAUCCAGGCCGGUGGACAGCUCCCCUGGCUGGCCCCUGGGGGGAAGAACCAAGGAAGGAUUCCCCUCGGGAAUUACCUUUCUCUAGGAUGCAUGGAUGGGUCCUACAGGCUGGGUCCUGCCAGCUGCGUUCAUGUGCUUGGGCCUGAGCCCCUAGGUCUGGCUGCUGUCAGGUUUGAUACUCUCUAAAAAGAAUCUGUUCGCUCCCUCUUUCCUCUCUCUGCCUUCCUCUGACCCCCAGGGCUGAGACCUCUCCUCCUUAUUGUCUAAUCUCUGCUCAUCUCUUCCCUGCUCCUUGUCUUUCCUGCUUCCUCAAAGUGACCCUGAGAAUGUUAGAACCGAGCUCACGGGAGAGGUAUUGAUGCUGGGGCUAUGGCAUGCCAUCAAGAAGGCCCACCAGGUUUGGCUUCAGUCUUCCUGCGGCCUGGAAAGAAAGCCAUUUGCUUUCUUCUCUUUCUUUUGGUUUUUUGAGACAGGGUCUCUCUGUGUAGCCUUGGCUGUCCUGGAACUUACUCUGUAGCCCAGGCUGCCCUCGAACUCACAGAGAUCCGCCUGCCUCUGCCUCCCGAGUGCUGGGAUUAAAGGCGUGCGCCACCACCGCCCAGCUGAAAGCCACUUUCUUUAGCUCUGCUCACCAGGACCAGGUUCUGCCGACUCUCAAAGAACAGAGAUCAGGCUGGGAAGAGGGAGUGAGCGUCCUGCUCAGGGGUCUUGAGAUUCAGACACUUGUGUGUGUCCCUGUAUAUCUGUGUGGUUGCGCACCUGCUUGUGAGCCUGAGUUCGUGUGUUUGUACACACCCGUAUGUAUGUGAACCACUUGUGUCUGCAGACACACGUGUAUCUGUGAAUGUUUGUGUCUGUGUGUGUCCGUGUGACAGAGAGGGAGAAGAGAGGAUGGAAGUGUGUGUCUCCACCGCAGGGCUGCUCAUCUAAGUAUCCCUAAAUGUAGGAGAGUGAGUUUUGCUGUGAGGAAGUAAAUAAGGAUGAACACACAUUCUAAACCUUGCACUUGCAGCCCUACUUGGCCUAAAUUCCUUUUUUUUUUUUUCCUUCUUGUUGCUCAUAAACAGUUUGAGUAAAACUCAGGAAUCGGCCAAACUUUCAGACAAGGUAGGUGUGCACACACGUGUGUUCACAUAUGUGCACACUCGGGUCAGUCUCCUUGCUUGCUCUGCUCUCUCAGCCCCUCCCUGCCUCGCCUGGAGGUCCCUGUGGCUCCCUCCUCAGAGACUCGAUCUUCCCCUUUCUCCAUUUCUUGUCCUCACACCCACGGUCUCGUCCCCACUCUGUGUCUCCUUCCCGUGUCUCUUUGUCGAAGGAGUUGAGAUCUCCUUCCUAUGGCAACUGACUGUCCCUUUAGAAAGCUUCCCCAGGGAGAGUCAGUAGUCCUCUGCCCAGAACCUGCCAACCACGCCUUUCCCACACGGGGGGCCCAGCCUGGUUUGGCCCCCAGAGCCUCAGGAAUCUGUUAGGUCUGACGUUCUCCACCAACUGCAGAAAUCACUGCAGAGGAAGAGCCGUGAUCAGAGUCUGCAGUGGCUGCCCCUGGACCUCUCUAAGGAGUGAACCCUGCUCCCUAGGUGGGAACCAGCUCAAAGCCAGGCUGUCAGAUAAGCUUCUUUGUACAGUUCUUAUAAUAAACUCUCCCCCUGGUGCCUCUGG